AUAGGGAUACCAAUUUGUCUUUGUCGCCCUUCUUUGCAUUUACGAGUUUCUUGGCAUGAAUUUGUGGUAAUUUUAAUUUUUGUAGGUUAUCAGCAUUUAGCUAGUCAUGUUAUAUGUGUUUGGCACCCAAUUAACAACAGUAACCACAAGUUGCACCAUGUUUUCAUACCUCGCACACAAGCUACGUAAAACAGGCUAAGAGGAAGAUAAGUGCAAAGAGUAGGGCAUUCAGAACUGGUUUUCCAGAGCAUGUCAUUGGUCAGGCUGUUGCCAUGACAUUAAGCUUGUAAUCUAUUCACAUUCUGAUUCCUCAUUUGGACUACUCCGCAACUUUUCUUUGUAUUGAUGUUAAAUUCAUAGCUAUGCAAAAGGACUUGUCUGAUUGUGGAAACCUAGUACCAGUAACAGCUCUGAGUAACACUUAAGCAAUCCUGUUUUCAUUAUUGUCAGUGUUCACAGUGAUAUUAAUAUUAUCCACUUUAGGACUAAGCCAUGGACUGUUUGAUGUCAUGGGACAUUCCUUUAUCUUUGGUCUAAGGUUGUAUGGUAUAAAAUUAUUGAGUGUUGCAAAUUUUGUUGAUAAACCUUCUUUGAAAAACUCACCUGUCAUAAUUGAAGCUCACAAUGACCAAGUACUAAGUGGUAAAAAUAAAUGCCUUAGAAGUGGGGUUGUGCUCAGGAGCAAAAUUGAUGCUGAAAAUAUCAUAUGAUGAAUGAAGUAAGAUUUUUUCUGGUGCCUAUAAGUAAGGCAAAUAUGAAUGAAGGGGAUAUCCCUGCCCUGCACUGGUGGCAGCAUGAAUGAUUAUUCUUAGUAUUGAUACCAUGUUUUUACACAUGCAGGAAUAUGUAGGAGCCUGUUGCUGUUUGAUACCUCAGAGUGUAUUUCUGUGUGAUAUUGGACCUAUACCUAUACCUGUACCUAUACCAUAUUGCAGGUGUACUGUAAAAUUUGGCAUUAGGUUUCUUACUCCUGCUAAAAAUCAUGCCUGCCUUGUGUAGGUACUGGUACAUGAAAGGCUCAUGGAGUCAACUUCAUAAACUCUUUAUUGACAUCAUUAUUUGCGUGGGCAGUUUGCCAGAUGUUGUGAAUGAUUUUAUGAAACAGCUGCUUUUCCUACACUAUAUGCAUGCUUGGUUGAUGUGUGCCCAUGGUUUGGUGUAACUUGCAUGGAGAGGGGGUUACCCACUGCCUAUAUUGCACUGCCCAUCACUGUGCUGACUGAUGCUCUUGGCUUAAUGCAUUUUACACUGUGAUAACUUUUAUCCUGUGAUGUGAUGAUGAAGAUGAGCAAUGGAUCUUAUCAGUGAAUGUGAAUAUUACACCAUCAUGACUAUGUGAUGGCUUUAAACAUAUGCUGUGAGUGUGCCCUAUUUGAGCAGGUGAAUCUCAUUCCCACAGGUGUGCCAUCUGCCAUCACUUUCCCAUCAUUGUGCAGUUAUCAUCGCCGUGGGGGUCGACGCCAGCCCUCGACACCCACAGAUCUGUCAUCCGGGCUCAUCUGAGCCACCAAAAUCCACUGAGCUCCUGCCCAGCCUCAGCUGGACCACCUCUGUGGUUUCCGGGCCUGAGCUAGCGCAGGCCCUCCGGAGCCGGAGGCGCCGCUGACCCGUGACCUCCGCGCCGCCUGGGGCGGUGACCGGGCGCGGCGCGGCGCGGCGCCCCUGAUGUCGUCGGCCGCCAUGGCGUCCAGCUCGGUCAGCCAGGAGGACGUGGAGAACGACUUCGAGAAGUCGUCGCGCCGCUCGCGGAUCCGGAUGGCGCGCGGCCGGGACGUGCGCGGCCAGCAGACGGCCGCCGCCAGCAGACUGGCGGCUGAGACGGUGGCCGAGGCGGACGAUGCGGUGGAGACGCGGCCGCCGGACGCCGCCGGCUACGCGGGUGACCAUGACGCCAGCCCCAAGCCGGCCGGCCGCGCUAAGGACAAGCGCCCCACCAGGCCCAGCCACAUCAACAAGGGGAAGCAGCAGCGCGACCGCAGGAAGCUGCGCGAGAAGCGGCGCAGCACCGGCGUCGUCCACAUGCCCUCCACCGAAGUCAGCUCGACAGGUGGCAGCACGAACGAGGACGAUGAGGAGCUGUCCACGUGCCAGGGCCUAUGUGCCGAGACGCGGCGCAACACGCAGCACAACGAGCUGGGCGCCUCUGCGUCGCUGGACCCUGUGGACCGCCACUUUCAGAACCCGCUAAGGAACAAAAGUUUGUCGGACCUGGACGCCGACGAUGAGGACAACCAGGACUGCGACUCUCAGGGGACUUCGGACACGCCGCUGGCGGCGGCCGCCGCUGCUGCCUCCGCCGCCGCUGCCGCCGCCCACGCUCCACGCACGCUGGAGCGGCACGCUGACCGGCUGCUGAAGCUGGAGGAGGAGAACGGCCGUCUGAGGCGGGCGCUGCUUCGCCUCGAGAACGACGCGCUCAUCAAGGCCAUGGAGGCGCUGACGGCGAAGUAG